CUGUGGAACCUUCAAGUUCUGUUUUAACACCACUGUCCUUGAUAAAAGCUGAUUCUAUGUGGAACUUUAACACUCUCUUAAAAUAAGUCCAUUCAUAAAACUGGGUGCAGUGUGUGGCAUUGUUUCUCCAUGUUGGCUUCAGAGAAACACUAUGGGUGUUUGCCAGGUCUUCAAAACACUUAAGUUAAAUGUGGUUUAAGAAAAUACUGUUUCCAGCAGGGCAACCUAGACCGUGCCUUUAAGCCCAGACCUGGGAGGCAGAGGCAGGUGAAUCUGAGUUAAAGGCCAGCCUGCUCCACGGAGCAAAUUCCUGGACAGCCAGGGCUAAGCAGAGAAACCAUCUUGGAAACAACCCCGCGCCACCCUGCUCCCCCACCUCCCACCCCCCGGAAAAAAAAAAGUUUUCAGUAACAGAUAUCUCCGGACUGGAUUGUUUCCCUUAUCCCGAUGGCGCUACACCUUACUCUUCACCUGCUAAUAGGUCACUUCUCGAGGCCUUUGUUGCCCCUUGUGGUCAUGGAAAUGUCUGAGAAACUACGAAGAUGCAGAAAGGAGCUGACUGCAGCCAUAGACCGAGCCUUUGAAGGAGUCAGGCAUUCCCAGGAGUGCACAGGCCCUCAGAGGCUGGACGCCCCAUCGCUCGCCUCUCUGCCCGUGCACAGGCUGUUCUGCCGAAACCCACUGGCAGCUUGCCCCUCUGCUGCCCCCUGCGCUGGUGCCUCAUGUGCUCCUGAGAAUGAGAACCCUGUCUUUGCACCACACCAUGUCCCAGUUAAUGCAAAGCCCCUUCCUUUAUACCCUAAAAGAAAACCUCUGACCAGCAAGGAAAAUGUCUUGAUGCAUUCUUCCAUUUUGGCACGUGAAAAACAGUUUUGGAGAGCUGCAGGAGAUGGGGAAAACUGGAGAAAAGAAAGUUUAAGGAAGGAUGACUCAAAUAUGCUGCUGAGCAGUUCUAGCCAAGAGGUCACAAAGGACCUGCUGGAUAUGAUUGACCAUACGAGUAUCCGAACUAUUGAAGAACUGGCUGGAAAACUAGAAUUUGAAAAUGAAUUGAACCGUGUGUGUGGACGCUGCCAAGAUUCACCCCUUAAGGAGGAGGCCUGGGCCCUGCUUGUGGACGAGAGCCCUCGGAAGUCUUUGGAUGCUGACCCUGGGAGCCUCAAGCAGGCUUUUGAUGACCAGAAUAUUGUUGAGACCGUUCUGGACUUGGAGGAGGAUUACAAUUUGAUGACCUCUUUUAAAUACCAAAUAGAGUAAGGUUAGCAGCAGCAAGUCCUGACUCUUGACAAGGGGUUGGCAGAGUCUGAAUCACCACAUACUGUAACUCCUGCUGAAUCCCAUUGUGACCUGAGUCUAGGCUUUAAUAUUCUGUUAUUUUGAAAUGUUUGGAGUUUUUUUUGACUUGACAUUUUUUAAAGUGUGUUUUUGAUUGGUGUUCAAUAUAUACAAUGCCUUUGGUAGGUUGUGCCUUUGCUCUUUCUCCAGAUUCCUGGAAAAGAUGGGUACUGUAACCAGGAUGGAUUUGCCACCUGGGACUAGCCCACCACAGGUAAACUCGAUUCAGAAGAGCCAGGCUCACACUCGAGUUUGGCUUGGGCUCUCUGCUCCCCUCACACACUUUGCACACAGGAACCCUGUUUCCUGCAUACACGCUUUCUUCAGGUCUUGGUUUACCACCCUUAUUUUCCUAUCCCUAUCCCCAGAGUGCUGCCUCUGCGUGGAUCUACUUGAGUCAGCGUCUGGCAGGAUUCCAGACUGUCUUCUUUAGGACCUAUGUAUCCUCCACAGACACAUGGACCCCAGCUGAGGGGGGCAGGAAGGGGACAGUCAGCACAGGUUCACACCUGAACCACAUCAUCCCACCAUGAGAAGUUCUACAGCAAAGACCAUGCUGAGCCAAGACAGAGAAGGCCAGAAGGCGGCCAGGAAGACAGGCCAGGGUACUGCACAUUGUCCUCCUGAGGUCAGCAGAGCAAAAAGAAAGGAAGGAAGAAGCACAGUAGCAAGCACGAUGACUCAGUGUAUCGUUCCACUAUUUUAACAGCUACUUUAGUCUUGGCAUUUGGCUCAGUGGUACUCGACUGGUGUAGCAAUAGAGGCAACAUGUCACUCCUCAGUGGCAUUCGUACGGUCACCUUGUCAAAUACCCCGAGAUGAGUGUUCACUGGUUUCCACCAAGGAUGGCCACUGGCAUUGCCUGCCUGAGGCAAGAGAAAAGGACAUCUAGUCAGUGGCUCUUCUUGACUAACUGCCAUUUAAUCUCUGCAGGAGGGAGAAAUUCAGUAAACACAGCCUGACUUGGAAUGUUCAUAGCAUCCUUGGCUGCCUCUACUCAGGUUGUUCUAGAGAGGUCAGCCUAUUUGAGAUUCAUGUUCAUAAAAUAUUUCUCAAGCAAGCAUAUUGCUUAACUGUA